AUGGCCUCAUCAACUCCGGUUCUCACUGCUGGUGGCUUGACUGCAACAUAUUGGGAAGUAGCUCGACAAGCGACGACAGCUGUCACUACAGCCCCAACAGCCACGGCUGUGGACUUCUUAACUACACAACAUAUAACGAUAGACGGAUUUACUAACGACCACGGCACCGUACCCGCUAAAACAGUCGAUAUUGUUAUACCGACAUGCAUUCAAACCAUACAACCAGAUCCCAAUGGGUACUUGCCCCCAGGAACGUGCAAUGCUCUUUGGGACUAUUACCCAAGCUUUCCAGCAGCAUUAGCAUUUACCAUCCUAUUCGGCUUGUUGACACUCGCCCAUAUAUAUCAAGGGAUAGCGUAUAGAAAGAAGUUUUGUUGGGUUAUCGUCAUGGCCAGUUUCUGGGAAACGAUGGCUUAUCUAUUCCGUACAGUCAGCACCCGAUACCAACAGAGCUCCGGUAUAUACCUGGUUUUUCAGAUAUUUAUUCUACUUUCUCCGCUGUGGGUAAACGCUUUCGACUAUAUGGUUCUCGGCCGAAUGAUAUAUUUCUUUACUCCUUCGCGACAAGUUUUCAACAUACCAGCGCCAACGUUGGCUGCGGCUUUUGUCACCUUUGACUUCAUUGCGUUCGUAAUACAGCUAGCAGGCGGCUCGAUGGCGGGCCCGACCGCGCCGGCAGAAGACCAGUUAAGAGCCAUCCACAUAUAUAUGGGCGGUAUAGGGUUACAACAGUUUUUCAUUGUAGUCUUCGUGGCUUUCGCAGUCAGGUUUCAAUUUGAUAUGCGGCGUGUACAUGGAUCCGACAGUCGACACGCAAAUGGGAGGUCCGGCUGGCGCCCUUUGCUAUUUACACUAUAUGGGUCAUUGAUGUGUAUCACGAUCCGUAUUAUAUUUAGACUGGUUGAAUUCUCAUCAGGGUCAACUGGUGUGUCGAACCCCUUAGUAGCCAACGAAACUUAUUUUUACGUCCUCGAAGCAGUACCAAUGCUGUUGGCCAUUGUCGCUUUCAAUAUCACUCAUCCGGGAUCAGUUCUCGUGGGACCGGAGUCGGAGAUGCCAGGAUUCUUCACAAUGUGCAUGGGGUUUUUUAGAAAGAGGAGAGCGUUUAAGAAACUUGAUGAAUCAGAUCAAGAAGAAAUGUCUAUCUUGCGAGCGUAA